AUGAAGAGGGAAGAAAUGAGUGCAAUCGUAUGCCUGGUGAUCAGUAUCCUGUGUACCAAAGCGGUCGGCGAGAUAUCCGACAAAGUAUGGGACAAAGCCAAUGCCACGUUCAGCUGCUACACGUGUCUGGGAAGGGACUACGAAAAUUGCCUGGCGGGUCAUGUGACCUGUGCUGGUGCCUGUUGGAAGCUCAUCGACGAGCGCCAUAGUUUGAUUGCAAAGGGCUGCACGUCAGCAAUGAAGAAAGCCGGUAUGUCAGAAGAGAUUGACACCGGUGUGAAGCUGCCUUGGACGGACUACUCGGAAACGAUUAAGGGCAUAGCGCAUUUCUGUACCCACGACUUCUGUAAUGGCGCCGUUCAAGUGCCUGUGUUUUUUGUCUUAAUUUUAGGAUGCAUUGCCUUUCUUUACAUUACGUCGGUGUAG